CGUCGCUCGCUAGUAUAGUAUGCUCUGCCAGUGCCUUACGAGACGCGGCGGCGAGCACGCGUUCCCGCGCCUCGAGUGACCGGAGUGUAGUGCAUAAGUGUGCGAGUGCCACAUGAGUACAUGACACAGCGGACCACUGCCACUCUCCUGCGCCUUCUUUGACGCUUGCACGAUGUCCUGUGCCCGGGGCCUUUGCACUGCCGAGAAGAUAUUCAUCUUCAUCAACAUCGCCUUCGCAAUGUACAGCGGCGCGCUGCUGGCGACGGCGGCGCGGCUGGCGUGGGACCCCAGCACGUACACGUGGUUCCGGUUCCUGUGCGCGGCGCAGUACCGCGUGUCGGCGGCCUACGUGUUCGCGGCCGGCGUGUGGCUGGCCGCGCUCGUCUACCUCGCCGCCGCCGCCGCACAGCGCAGCGCCCGCCACUGCUUGCAUAUCUACGCGGCCGGCGUGGUAUGCCUCGCGCUGAGCGAGGUGGGCUACGGUGCGUGGAUGGGGGCCUCGCUGGCGGCCUGGUGGCGCUCCGCCCCGCAGGCCGAGCUGGCGCGCCGCGGCAUGGACCUGCUGCACGACCUCAAGCCCGCGCUGCUCGUAAUGGAGCGCUACCGCGACGUGGCGCGCCCGCUCUACGACAUGAUCGAGGAAGUGGAGCGGGAGGCGCCUAACAACGCUUUCGUGAUUAUCGUGUUCGGAGUGCUGGGCGUGGUGCUGCAGGUGGCAGCGUUCGUGAUGGCGCGGCGGCUGGCGGCGCGCGCGCGCCUGGCCGGCGAGUGCGCGCCGGCUGAGAAGGAGGGCGCGGUGUGCGCGGUGUCCGCCGCCGACGACGACAGCGACUGCAACGACGCGGAGCGGCCGCCGCCCGGCUGGCGCAAGAAGGCCAACCUGCGCAUGUACACUAUACUCGACAAAAUUUUCUAGCAGGAAGAGACAAGCGCUCCGGGCGCGACUAGAGCGCGGGGCGAGGCGAGGGCGAGCGGGGCGCG